UCGAGAACGUGGCACAAAGCGAGGAGUGCCUCUCUGUCUUGUAAGGUUCAGCUCUGGGAAGUGUGAAAUUUGAGUUGAGGCUCGACAGCUUCCAAACAAGUUCAUUAACGCUCGCCUUUGAAUCUAGCACAAUCUUCGUCUUCCGAUUUCAAAAGCUGCGAUUAAAUUACCACCUCAUGCGAAGAAAGGGAGCCCGUAUUGACCUGAAGUUACUUCAUUCUAUCCAAUCCGAAUCAGCUGCUGUUUAGGAAUUCGCCUUCUCAGCUCUGUAAGACUAGAAAUUAAAUGCUUGGAGUUCUACAGUAGAGAAUUAUUUCAUUUAUUUUUGAAAAAAAGGGAGGAAAAUGUGGGGAUUUGGGGGUAGGUUCUACUGGGGACAAAAUCUGGUGCCCGAGAGAGCUGAAGGGAUAGUUGUGGUAUUCGCAUGGAUGUCAAGCGACGAGAGGCACUUGAAUAAAUACGUAGAUCUCUACUCAUCCAUCGGAUGGAAUUCGCUUAUCUGUCACUCCCAAUUUCUCAAUAUGUUCUUCCCUGAGAAAGCAACAAGUCUUGCUGCUAACAUACUCAAUGAACUUGUGAAGGUGCUGAGAAUUAGGCCUUGCCCCAUAGUCUUUGCGUCUUUUUCCGGGGGUGCAAAAGCUUGUAUGUUUGAGGUUCUUCAGAUUAUCGAGGGAAAGUGUGAAGGACAUAACAAGGUUGACUACCAGCUUGUUAGAGACUCUAUUUCUGGCUAUAUUUAUGAUUCCAGUCCAGUUGAUUUCACCAGUGAUUUGGGUGCUCGAUUUCUUUUACACCCUUCUGUUUUGAAAAUGUCCCAUCCACCAAGGUUUGCUUCGUGGAUCGCAAAUGGCAUUGCAUCUGGUCUUGAUGCUCUCUUCCUCAGCAGGUUUGAAUCACAGCGAGCUGAGUAUUGGCAAACUCUUUACUCCACUAUUAGGAUGCAGGCCCCCUAUCUCAUUUUUUGUUCUGAAAAUGACGAUCUUGCUCAUUUUCAAGUUAUUUCAAAUUUUGUCCAACGACUAAAAGACCUUGGCUGUGACGUCAAAAUGGUAAAAUGGGAUACCUCUCCUCAUGUAGGUCAUUAUCGGCACCAUCCAAUAGAUUACAAGGCUGCAGUCACUGAGAUCCUUGGCAAGGCAGCUACAAUUUAUAUUUCCAGAAAAAGACCCGUUGAAGAUAAGAGACUGGGCAUUGAGGGAGCAAAAGAUGGAAUCUUACAUCCAAUCAACAAUUUCAGGAAAGCUGCAACGACUUCAACCAGUUUUCAGGGCUUUGCUGUUGCUUCUGAUGAUUGGUUGUCAGGUUCAAUGAAUUAUUACGAGGGUAAACGUGUUGGUUCUGUGCCAGAUGAACGCAAGGAAGGCUUGAUUCAUUUACGGGCUCGCCCCAGCAUCAAUGCGUAUGGGGUUCUUGGCCAAGCGUUAUUUGAUAUAUGCGUUCCUGAGAAUGUUGAGGAUUGGGAUAUCAGAUCAAAUUCCAAGAAUGCACGAUCAUUCGCUGGUACAAGGAGGCAUGGUUCUUUCAAUCCUAUAAAAUGCAUAUGGCGCUCGAGGUUGUAGGAUGUUGACUAGUUUCGCAGGACUCAGGCUGACAACUCUCCAACGAGUAAUGACUUCGAACUUUGAAGGUGAUGUUGCCUUCAAACUCGUAGGCAACUGUUUGGACCCCGGCAGAUUCACCAAGGCCCAGACAUGUAUAGUACCGAAAAUAAGAGGCUGAAAGGGUGAAACCUUAAAUGUGAUUUGUUUGUUUUCUGUUAGGGGAGGACAUCGUGAUGGGUCAAGCAGUUCGUCAUUCUGGAACAAAAAUUGAACAGCUACUUGACUUCACCGGAAAAGAUAUACUGUUAUGUUUGAGAUCACUUGACUGUUUGUUCCAAAUCGAGUUGACAAAGUGCUUUUGGAAAGUGAUAUAUUUCUAAAUUCUAA